AUGGGGAAGAGUAAAAGGGACAUUAAGAAAGGGCCCCAGCCGACCGCCAGCACCGUGGGCCAGUGCGGCAUCACCUCCUCCAAGACCGUGCUGGUGUUCCUCAAUCUCAUCUUCUGGGGAGCAGCUGGCAUUUUAUGCUAUGUGGGAGCCUAUGUCUUCAUCACUUACGACGACUGUGACCCCUUCUUUGAAGAUGUGUACACUCUCAUCCCUGCUGUGGUGAUCAUAGCUGUAGGGGCCCUGCUCUUCAUUAUUGGGCUGAUUGGCUGCUGUGCCACAAUCCAGGAAAGCCGAUGUGGACUUGCCACGUUUGUCAUCAUCCUACUCUUGGUUUUUGUCACAGAAGUUGUGGUAGUGGUUUUGGGAUAUGUUUACAGAGCGAAGGUGGAAAAUGAGGUUGAUCGCAGCAUUCAGAAAGUGUAUAAGACCUACAAUGGAACCAACCCUGAUGCUGCUAGCUGGGCUGUUGAUUAUGUUCAGAGACAGCUGCACUGUUGUGGAAUUCACAACUAUUCAGACUGGGAAAAUACAGACUGGUUCAAAGAAACCAAAAACAAGAGUGUCCCUCUUAGCUGUUGCAAAGAGACUGCCAGCAGCUGUCAUGGCAGUCUGGCCCACCCCUCUGACCUCUAUGCCGAGGGAUGUGAGGCUCUAGUUGUGAAGAAGCUACAAGAAAUCAUGAUGCAUGUCUUCUGGGCAGCACUGGCAUUUGCAGCGAUUCAGCUGCUGGCCAUGCUGUGUGCCUGCAUCGUAUUGUGCAGAAGGAGUAGAGAUCCUGCUUACGAGCUCCUCAUCACCGGCGGAACCUAUGUGUAG